AUGUCGACUGUCCGCAUCCCCGCUGGGCGCAGCUACCGCCGCCCGAACACCAAGUUUGUGGACGCGUCCCCGGAGAAGGGCAUCAUCGAGGUGAUCCCCGACUCGGGCAUGGUCUCGCUCGUCUGGCGCAACAAGGAGACGGACCGCGCCGAGGACGAGCUCCUCAUCUUCCCCGGAGAGGCCGUGUUUGAGCGUGUGAAGCAGGACCCGAGUGGACGCUCGUGGGUUCUCCGUUUUGUUGAGAGCAAGCAGACCCAUUUCACAGGAGCUGACUCGCAGUUCUGGCUCCAGCGCGGUACCCUCGGCGCCCCUGACGCGCGCGCCGUGACCGACAUCUCGGAGCUGCUCAAGGACGGCAAUUACCGCCCCGGCUCUGCUCCUGUCCCCGAGGGCAUCUUCCCCAAGCCCGGUGGUGGUGAGAAGGCCGCCCCCGCUGCCGAGAAGUCCUCCGCUGCCGAGGGCUCCUCCGCUGCCGCUGGUUCUUCCUCCGCCGCGGCCUCGAGCUCGAAGGACGCCAAGUCGGGCGACAAGAACGAGUCGAUGGCGGCCCUGCUUGCGAACUGGGCCGACGCGCACCUGCCUCUGUCCGAGGACGCCUCGCUCGUCGACAUCCUCUCCCCCGCGACGGUGGGCAAGCUGCUUGACUCUGACGCAACCCUCGCGCCCAGGCUCGCGCAGCACCUGCCGCCCGACCUGAAGCUGCCCGACGGCGCGGACCCGAAGACGAAGCACGGCCUGAUGCAGGUCGUGGGCACACCGCAGUUCCGCGACGCGGUCCAGAGCCUCGAGAUGGCGCUGCGUAACGGCAUGACGCCUCAGAGCAUCAUGCCCUGGAUCCAGAGCGAGAAGAGCGGCGUCAAGGGAUUCGUCGAUGCGCUGCGCAAGGGCCACACGAAGGAGGAUAAGGAGGACAAGAAGGACGAUGAUAAGAUGGACACGGACUAG